UUAACAAUCAAAGACUGCUAUGCUUAAUCUUCAGCAAAUAGUACCUAACUUAUUUUUACAGGAUAACUACAAUGUUCUUCAUAUAUCUGCUAUGUACUCCAGGGAAGAUGUAGUGAAACUGCUUCUCACUAAAAAAGGGGUUGACGUCUACUCGACUGGAGGGAGCAGGAAUCAAACGGCGGUGCACCUGGUUGCUUCCAGACAAACAGGUACAGCAACAGCUAUUUUGAGAGCUUUGCUUCAAGCUGCUGGAAAAGAUAUAAGGCUUAAAGCUGAUGGGAAAGGCAAGAUUCCGCUACUGCUUGCCGUGGAAGCUGGAAACCAAUCAAUGUGCAGGGAACUGUUGAGCACAUUGACGUCAGAACAACUGAAAGCUGCUUCUGCAAAUGGUGAUACUGCUCUUCAUCUGGCUGUCAGGAGGAAAGAUAUAGAUAUGGUCAGAAUACUUGUAGAUUAUGGAACAAGCGUGGAUAUUAGGAAUGGAGAAGGCCAGACUCCACUUCAUAUAGCUGCAGCUGAGGGAGAUGAACUUCUGGUCAAAUAUUUUUAUGGUGUCAGAGCCUCAGCUAGUGUGACAGACAAUCAGGAUCGAACUCCAAUGCAUUUAGCUGCAGAAAAUGGUCACGCGAACAUCAUAGAGCUACUGGCUGAUAAAUUCAAGGCCAGUAUUUUUGAGAGAACUAAGGAUGGGUCUACACUGAUGCAUAUCGCCUCGUUGAAUGGCCAUGCGGACUGCGCAAUGAUGUUGUUCAAGAAGGGAGUUUAUCUUCAUAUGCCAAACAAGGAUGGUGCCAGGAGCAUCCACACAGCUGCCCGAUACGGCCACGUGGGGAUAAUCAACACGCUGCUGCAGAAAGGCGAAAAAGUAGACGUCACCACCAACGAAAACUACACAGCUCUCCACAUAGCAGUGGAGGCAGGCAAACCGGCAGUUGUGGAAACUCUACUGGGCUAUGGAGCUGAUGUCCAUGUGCGUGGAGGCAGGCUAAAGGAAACACCUCUGCAUAUAGCAGCGAGGGUGAAAGAUGGUGAAAAAUGUGCACUGAUGUUACUCAAAUCAGGGGCUGGGCCUAACUUAGCUACACACGACGGCAACACACCGGUACACGUAGCUGCUAAGUACGGGAAUUUGCAAACACUUUUGCUGUUGCUGGAGGAUAAUGGAGAUCCUUUGUGCAAGAAUAAGAAAGGUGAAACACCUUUACAUCUGGCUAGUAGAGGAUGUCGUCCAGAUGUAGUUUUGCAUCUGAUCAACUACGUUAAAGAGAAAAAGAACGAAGAGAAGGCAGCAAACUAUGUCAACGAGCUGAAUGAAAAUGACGAAAGUGCUUUACAUUACGUAUGUGCAGUUGGUAAAGACGAGGUCGAGACUCCAGGCUCCGAUAGAACAGUAGUAAAGUUUCUGUUGGAGAAUGGCGCCAACGUCAACCUACUCACCAAGCAACACGAAUCUGCCUUCCACUACGUAGCACUGGCUGGUAACAAUGAUGUUUUGAUGGAAAUGAUAUCCCACAUGACACCAACGGACGCCCAGAAGGCUCUAAAUAGGCAAAACGAGCAUGGAUGGACUCCGUUGUUGAUUGCCUCCAGAAAAGGCCAUAUAGACUUGGUGAACAAUCUGCUGGCGAACCACGCGAGAGUGGACGUUUUCGACAAUGAUGGUCGCUCAGCUUUGCACCUGGCUUCUGAGCAGGGCUUCCUCCCGGUUUGUGACAGUCUGCUGACAAACAAAGCCUUUAUCAACUCUAAAUCGCGAAAUGGGAGGACUGCACUACAUUUAGCUGCAAUGAAUGGGUACAUCCACUUAGUGAAAUUUUUGAUAAAAGACCACAACGCUGUGAUAGACAUUCUAACGCUAAAAAAGCAAACUCCAUUACAUUUGGCAGCAGCAGCUGGUCAGAUAGAAGUUUGCAAGCUUCUGUUGGAAUUGGGUGCAGACAUAGAUGCCACUGAUGAACAAGGACAGAAGCCGAUACAUGCUGCAUGCCAGAAUAACUAUUCUGAGGUUGUAAAACUGUUUCUCCAACAACAUCCCAGUUUGGUCAUGGCUACGACGAAAGACGGAGAUACAUGUGCUCAUAUUGCAGCCGCUCAAGGCAGUGUAACUGUGAUCGAGGAAUUGAUGAAGUUUGAUAGAGCAGGUGUAAUUUCGGCUAGAAACAAGAUAACUGAUGCCACACCACUCCAAAUGGCUGCUGAAGGCGGGCAUGCUGAAGUUGUGAAAGCUUUAGUUAGAGCUGGUGCCAAUAUAACAGAUGAAAACAAAGGCGGAUUCACAGCUGUCCAUUUGGCUGCCCAACAUGGACAUUUACAGGUACUGGAGGUUCUACGUUCAUCGAACACGCUUCGGAUCAUCAGCAAGAAACUUGGAGUAACUCCCCUCCAUGUAGCUGCAUACUUCGGGCAAGCUGAUACCGUUCGAGAACUACUAACUCAUGUACCUGGAACGGUGAAGUCUGAUUCACCAAAUGGAGCUUCACUUGUGCCGGCUCUGGGCAAUGAGUCUGGCAUGACUCCAUUGCACCUUGCAGCAUUUUCAGGGAAUGAAAACGUCGUGAGAUUAUUGUUGAAUUCUGCUGGAGUGCAAGUUGAUGCUGCAACACAUGAAAAUGGUUACAAUCCGAUGCACCUAGCUUGCUACGGUGGUCAUGGCACAGUAGUGGGACUUCUGCUAAGCAGGUCAGCUGAACUCCUUCAGAGCGUCGAUAGACAUGGAAAAACUGGUUUGCAUAUAGCAGCUCAACAUGGGCAUUACCAGAUGGUAGAAGUUUUACUGGGACAAGGCGCUGAAAUCAAUGCACCCGACAGAAAUGGAUGGACUCCCUUACAUUGUGCAGCCAGGGCUGGUUGUUUUGAUGUGGUGCGUCUCCUAGUAGAAUCUGGAGCUUCACCAAAGUCGGAAACAAACUUAGGAGCUGCACCAAUUUGGUUUGCUGCAUCUGAAGGACAUCAUGCAGUACUCGAGUACCUGAUGACCAAAGAACACGAUACAUAUGCUCUGAUGGAAGACAGGCGGUUCGUCUACAACCUGAUGGUUUGUUCCAAAAACCACAACAACAAGCCUAUAGAAGAAUUUAUCUUAGUAUCACCAGCUCCUGUGGACACAGCUGCCAAAUUGUCGAACAUCCUCAUUGUGCUUUCCAACAAGGAAAAGGAACGAGCUAAGGACCUGAUUGCUGCAGGCAAGUUUUGCGAGGCCAUGGCAACUGAACUGCUGGCUUUGGCUGCGGGAGCAGAUUCUGCUGGGAAGAUUCUCACUGCGACAGACAGAAGAAACAUUGAGUUCUUGGACGUACUGAUUGAGAAUGAGCAGAAGGAGGUGAUAGCCCAUACGGUGGUGCAACGAUAUCUGCAGGAACUAUGGCGAGGAGCCCUCAAUUGGGCAGCAUGGCGGACGCUCCUCCUCUUCGUCUUCUUCAUCAUCUGUCCUCCUGUGUGGCUGGUGUUCACCUUGCCUCUCGGCCACAAGUACUACAAAGUGCCCAUUAUCAAGUUCAUGUCGUACCUCACCUCACAUGUCUACCUCAUGCUGUUCUUGCUUAUAGUUGGUAUUACGCCGCCAUACGCUGUUGUUAGGAGUGACCUAAUACCUUAUUGGUAUGAGUGGAUUCUUUUGAUAUGGUUAAGUGGCCUGCUGCUUUUCGAGCUAACAAAUCCAAGCGACAAAUCAGGACUUGGUUGGAUCAAGCUCUCCGUCUUGCUCUUCAGCAUAUUCGGUGUGGGCGUUCAUGUCCUUGGACUUUUGUUCAUAAAGAAGAACCAUUGGCCCACAUUGAUGUACUGCCGGAACCAGUUGUUUGCCUUGAGUUUCGUGUUGGCAUGCGUGCAGAUAUUGGACUUUUUGUCAUUUCACCAUCUGUUCGGCCCUUGGGCCAUCAUCAUUGGAAACUUGAUGAAGGAUUUAGCCAGGUUUCUGGCGGUCUUGGCCAUAUUUGUGUUUGGGUUUUCAAUGCAAUUUGUGGCCUUGAAUCAACCUUUCAAGGAUCUAGAGGAUAGCGAGGUGUUAAAAUUAAAUAAAUACAAAGUAUUGCCAAUUGACAGACCUCUGUUUCACGCAGUCCAGAAGAAUCCUAUCAGUGCCUUUGAGCUGUUGUUCUUCGCGGUGUUUGGACAGACUGGAGUGGAGAGUCUCAGGACAACAGGGUAUCAAAAAAAUAACCCCUACAGCAACAAUCAGCCAUGGUGGACAGACGUCCUCUUCAAGUUUGUCUUUGGGGUGUACAUGUUGGUGUCUGUGGUGGUUUUGAUAAAUCUGCUGAUUGCUAUGAUGACUGACACAUACCAAAGGAUACAGGUGAGAGACAUGCAGCUUUAUAGAAGAUAGAUUUGUAACAUGCCCUGAAGGACAGUAGAGAGAGCAUCGAAAAAGGUUAUCCUCUCAUCAGAUCUUACAGAGAAAUUAUCUGCGAUACCAUGAACAUCUCGCCAACGGCCAGUACCGCAAAAAAGCCGUACUCACCGUUUGUUUUAAAUUCGGACUCUACCAAUUGAAUAAAGGAAAUGGCAAGAAGUGAUAGGAGGUUGGCGUAGCGGAGACAAAAUUGCGUAUUGAGGUGACAGAUCGUUUCAUAAGAACUGGAACAGUAUACAACCGUACAGAAGAACCCUGUCAGUGCCUUCGAGCUACUGUUCUUCGCAGUGUUUGGACAGACGGAAGUGGUGAUGCUCAGGAUACCCGGAUACCAGAAAAAUAACCCUUACAGCAACAAUCAACCAUGGUGGACAGAUAUACUCUUCAAGGUUGUCUUUGGCGUUUACAUGUUGGUAUCUGUAGUAGUUUUGAUAAAUCUGCUUAUCGCUAUGAUGACUGACACAUACCAAAGGAUACAGGCUCAAUCAGACAUCGAAUGGAAAUUUGGCCUAAGUAAGUUAAUCAGGUCUAUGCACCGCACCACAACAGCACCAUCUCCAAUCAACCUUAUCACCACAUGGCUAUUUUAUCUUAUCGAAAUCUGCAGGAAGAGGAGUAGGCAAUUGAAAACUCGCAAGCGUCAGAGCCUUGUUCAUCUGAUGGGCAGCUUCCAGAAGACAGCCCAAAUGUCACCGCGUAGUAAAGCGGCAGGAAAAUGGCUGUCUAAAGUGAAAAAGGGUCAUCAAAUUGCUCCGAAAGAGUCUUCCGUCGCACUGUCUGUAGCCCACAUUAGUCCACUUGGGUCACAGCUGAGCUUCACUAGUCAAACAACUCGCAUCGAACACGUGACCGAUUGGGAAGCCAUAGCGAAGAAAUACCGGGCGCUGAUGGGACAAGUGGACGAAACGAAGGAGCAAAGCAGUGACGCAAACGACGACGAAGAAGAAGAGACUGUUGUGCCUGUCAAUCAACCAGUGCAAAACGUUUCAUUCGGUUGAACCACCAAGGCCAACUAUGACUACAAUUACCUUGCUGAUAUCGGAGAAACAGGAGUUAUGGUUUCACGCUUCGUUAUGUUGUUCCGAAUUUUCGCUAAGACAAUCCUACUACAGUCGAAUAGCAAAAUGGAAGAGAAAAUCAAAACUUAUCGUGCACAACUGCUAACGCGGUUGUUUCAAAGGUGCGAAUAUCUCAAUCUGGAUGCAUACAAACUGGGCAAGGCAAAAAACCUCGUAUGUUUUUUUUAAAAACACGUUUGCUCGAUUCCUUCAACAGGAAUGAUAUUCAUUGAGCAAUCAUAACAAACAUAUAAACAAUCGAGAAGAAGACACAUCCAGAUGAUUGCUAUAAAAAGACCUGAUGUUGAUUAUGCAGUUUUCAAUAAUGCCCUGAACAAGAUUGGCAUUUGACAGAUUAAUUGCUUACUGAAUACCGGGUGCUUCAAAUUCGACCCUCACCCUUGGAGUCUCGGAACCACUUAAAUGGGAACUAAGUACUUUCGGAUAGGGACAGAAAAAAACGAAUUUUCCUAAAACAGUUAAUUUUUUCCUGAAUUUAUUUGUAGUGGGAUUUUAAAAUAAAUUGCUCAUUAACAUUGCCAAUUUUUCUCCUCUACAAGAUGGCAUAACUGCAAGUGCAAUAUGACCUUUCGUCUCUUGCGUCAAGCAUCAACUUUAUUUUUUCUAUUUGUGUUUUGCACAGAUAGGUAGAUUUUUUAAUUCUUAUUUAAAAAAUGUAUACCUGUAUGUCAUACAUUAACAUCGCCAAACCUUAGUUACUCCAGAAAAUCAGAAGUUCCUAGGUAGGCCUUGAAAUCAUCUGGUAGUCAUUUGUUUCGUAUAGCAGACCAGACCUCAAAUUGAACAUAGUAACAGAGUUUGGGAGACUGAGAAGAAGAGAAAUGAAUCAAGGAGCGAGCAAUGUACAAAUAAGGCCUUGCCUGUCCAAUAACAGACAACAAUUGCUACAUCUGCAAGACAUCUGUUAUGAUUUACCUAUGCUUAUUUAUGAUUAUUAUUGUUACUGCCAUCAAUAAUAUCUUCAUUUUGUGUUUUGGUUUUAACAUACCUUUUAAUUUCCUUGUAAUUUUCAUCCAACAACAAAUUCAUGGCCAACUCAGGAAAUACAUCAAUGAAUUAUUUAGAACUGAAAGGUCCAUUUAAAUGCACAAAAAUCCAGUAUAACGUCAAUAUGAAAAAACAAAGUUAAUGAUGGAAGUCGAAAGAAGAAACCUCGAAUUAAAAACUUGACUACGUCUUCUUGUGUAGGAAAAUAAGUAACAAUGACAAGAUGCAAUUUAUAUUGAAAUACCGUCUCAAGUAAAGUCAGGAAUUUACUUGAUGUUCAUAUUUAUGAGCUUAUGAAUUUCAGUCUCAGAUAUAGGAAGUAACUCCUAGAUAUAGAACGUAGCUAUUUUUUCAAAGUGCUCUUGAAAUAAUUUCCGAAAUGUAAAUAUUUCAAGUCUUUAAGUAUAGUUUCAAAAAAAAAAAAUGGCUGAGAAACUACUGUGCCACGAAUUUUGUACCUUGUAUAAACAUUUUGUUUAAUAUUUUUAUUGAGUGGUAAAGCCCUAUAAAAUGCAUCUGUUACAUCUGCGUAUAAUUCGUCAGUGGGAUGAAGUUUCGGUUUGUUGAAAUCAUUUGACAUAUGCGAUUACGAAAAAAAAGAACCGUAAUAUUUUCCCGCAAACGUUUUCGCCUUGUCUACAUAACAUUUGUAGCCAGAGCAUCUCGAUCAGUAGCAUACGAUGCGUCUCGCCUCUCUCUUCCAAUUUGGUACUUGACAAGUAGUAAUGUUACGUUGGGUCCUAAAUGGUGGCACUGAAAGACAAAAAAAGAUACAAAUACAUUUUCCCAUAGGUUAUUGAAAAGGACACAUUCCAGUGGUGUGUAUUUCUAGGAAUACCUAGACCCAUUAGGUCACGUAGGGUAUUUUGUGAUACUCUCUUUCUUCUAUAGUAGCUCAAAUUUGAUCACAAUGAACACAUUGUGUAAGAAUUCGCCAAAUUGUUUAUACACACCACGCCCCAUAAAUAGAACCUGUAGGCCUUUCCUUAUUAUUCAAGAGGCAAAUAAUUAUAUAAAUGUAGGAUGUGUAUGUUGCUGGUCAACGUUGUGUAGAACCACCGAAUUUAUUGCCGUCUCAUCAAAGAUACUUGAGCCUAGAGGAAAUAUGAAAAUCGAGAUUCUUCUACUCAAGUAGUGUACCACAUUGAUCAUUAGCAUUGCGAUUAAGCUCUCAGUGACUGUUGAUAUCUGGUUGUCAAUAGUUAAACAUUUCGUGAAGUACUUAUAGACUACCACUUUUAUUAAUUAUUUUGUAUCAUGUCUUGAUUAAUAAACAAACAUAUACGGUUCUAUUCAUGUGGUACAGAGUGAAUCACCUCGAAUCAACCUGACAUGAGCUAAAUUCGAGAAACAUGCAAUAGUUUAUUAUGAUCAAUAUUGGAUUCCUAACAAACCCUAAAUUGCCUGGCUAGAAUUUCGUAAUGUCACCGAAGACGCUAUCCGGAGAAUGGUGAUACUAAACCAAUAAUUCAGCCCCAUUAUUAUUAUGGCCUAUUAUAAAGCAAUAAAGCUUUUAUGGAUCCAUAGCAUACCCAUAAAAUGUCAACGUUGCUCGGAGGCCCUUAGACAAAAGAAGGUAAAGUUUUCGCAAUAGCUAUAUUGUAACAUUUGGAAAUUUUUAUACUGUGUAAAUGAUAAAAAUAUACUAUAUUGAUGUGAA